AAUUACUCUUAUAAUGAAUGUGGAUUUUUAAAUUGAAUUUAACGGUUAAAAUAUUAGCUAGUUUGCAUCAAUGGAAACCCUUGGCACAAUCAACCUCACCAAAGGCUAGAGCUUUCGCUCAAAUUGCCCAAUAGUUUCCAUCUUGAAAUAAUAUUCCAAGUCACCUUGCGCUGAAUUAGCCCUUUUGCUAUGUAUGAAAUACUUUGUCUCUUCACUUAAAAAGAAACCAGCUUACUCUACGAAAACCUCACAAUUGUACAUGGUCCUUUUCGAGCCUUUUACGAGGAAAUUGACAGCUAAUAAAUAGAAGUUACUUAUAUUUGGAGAUGAGCCAAAAACACAGCCAAGCCAAAUGUCGAGUAUGUUCAAGUCAACAUCAUCUGAGAUUGUGUCCUGAUUUUAAUCGAAUGUCAGUAGCAGCACGAUGGGAAGCUGUCAAAAGCCGUGGCUAUUGUUUUAAUUGCCUUUGCCUAUCACAUACUCGGGAAUGGUGUCGCUCUCGUAAUAAAUGUGAAGUAUGUAACAAAGCGCACCACACUAAGCUUCAUACCGACAAAAUACAACAACAGUCAGAGGAAAACCGAAGUAAAAAUCUGUCCAACCCGGUCACACAAUGUAAGAACUCCAUGUCGAAAAAGGAACAGGGGACUAGAAAACCAGUCCAAGAAAGACUAGGCAAAAAAUUACCUACCAAUGUUUUUAUGCCAACCGCUUUGGCCAAAAUUAUUACAACAGAGGGACCCCAAAAGGCAAGAUUAUUGAUAAGCUCCGGUCAAGUACAAACACUCAUUGCAAAGUCGCUUGUACAUCGUUUAAGUCUUCCAACAACUAUAGCCGACGAUAAAGAGUUCUGUAUUGUGUAUCUUCUGUCAUACCACGACCAUACGACCAAAUUGCAGGUGCGCGGUUUAGUUAAAAACCACCUAUCAAUUACUAUGCCACCAACAUCCUCCGAUAAAAAAUUCCAAAGCAUAUAUGGCCACAUAAUCGACUUAGCCGAUCCUCACUUUUAUAAUCCCAAGGAUGUCGAAAUAAUUAUUGGUAGCGACUUGGUGGCCUCCGUUCUACGGGCUGGUCUUAUACAGACUUCAAAGAAUAUGCCAGUAUUACAAAGCACCAUUUUCGGUUGGGUGGUUUCAGGAGCUUGUACUCUCUAAUUUUGCACUGCGGCAAGAGGUGGCGCCAUGUUGAACUGUGUUCAACAAAGUAGGUUAAGUUUAAUAAUAAGUUAAUAAUGAAUUACUCUUAUAAUGAAUGUGGAUUUUUAAAUUGAAUUUAACGGUUAAAAUAUUAGCUAGUUUGCAUCAAUGGAAACCCUUGGCACAAUCAACCUCACCAAAGGCUAGAGCUUUCGCUCAAAUUGCCCAAUAGUUUCCAUCUUGAAAUAAUAUUCCAAUUCACCUUGCGCUGAAUUAGCCCUUUUGCUAUGUAUGAAAUACUUUGUCUCUUCACUUAAAAAGAAACCAGCUUACUCUACGGUAAGAACGAAGCUCUUUACGGAGACCAAAAAAUAAACUUUGAAUUGCAUAAACCUAA